UUGUUUCCUACCGGACACUUCUCAGGACGGUACUAGCGUUCCAUGUGUUGCUCUGUGUUGUGACAGGUUAAAGACACUACUCUCUUUCACUAGACAGUCAUUAUUACAGCUUGUUCACCGGACAGACAGACAGCCUCCGCUCUGAUAUGUCCCGCGAUACAAACACGUCCUCGGCGGAGGUGGUUCUCGGUUUCCUGGAGGAGGCGGAGCCGUGGCGGCUGCGGUCCCCACAGUUCCCCAGUAAAGUCGGAGGGAAGCCGGCGUGGCUCAGCCAGAGAGGCCUGCCUUCUCUGCCCGAGCUGGAGUGUGAGACAUGUCGCCUGCCCAUGGUCUUUCUGCUGCAGGUGUACGCACCAGUGUCUGGUCAGGACAGGACUUUCCACAGAACGCUCUUUCUGUUCUGCUGCAAAACUCCUGAGUGCUACACACACAACGACAGCCGCUGUAUGAAAGUUUUCAGGAGUCAGCUACCCAGGAAGAAUGAGUUCUACCCUUAUGACCCUCCACCAGAGGAUGAACCCCCCAGUGAUCCUGAACAUGACCAGAGCAUGUUGCCUGCCUCCGGAGUUAAACUGUGCUGGGUGUGUGGUUGUCCUGGAAACAAAGCCUGCUCCCGCUGUCACACUGUGACCUACUGUGGAAAACAUCACCAAACCCUCCACUGGAAACACACACACAAGAAGGAGUGCUGCAGCCAAGAAGUGUCCAUAGACACAACCUCUCCCUUCCUCUUCCCUGAGUCUGAGCUGGUCACUGAGCCUGAGGAGGAGGAGGAGGAGGAAGAGGGGAAAGAGGAAGACACAAAGGAGGCUGAACGAGAAGAUGGAGGAGGUGUUUCUCAAAGGGGUCCAGACUGUCCCUCUUUAGCCGACACUCUGUCAGAGACAGACCUGGAGGAGAUGGCCAUGUGUGAGACUGAAGACACCAAAGUGUUCCAGAAGUUUAAAAAGAAGAUCGCACCAGAACCACACCAGGUGGUGCGUUACAGUCGAGGCGGCUCUCCCUUGUGGGUCUCUUCUCAGCACAUCCCCUCAGAUCAGGAUAUCCCACCGUGCACCUGUGGCGCCAAGAGGGUUUUUGAGUUUCAGGUGAUGCCCCAGCUGUUAAACAGUCUAUGUGUGGACUCUAAAGGAGCCAGUAUUGACUGGGGGACGGUGGCUGUCUACACCUGCUCUGCCAGCUGUAACCAUGACAACCAGUACUGCCCGGAGUUCAUCUGGAAGCAGGACUUCACCUCGGAUCAACAGACGCAGAUAAAACACUCGUAACGUCAUCCUGCUGUUGGACACUGUUUAGGACACACUGAUGCAUCUGACAGUUCAGACUGGGCAGCGAGGAAACUGGUUUAAUCACACUUGUAGCAGUGUCACUCCCCAUUUACUGGACUGGACAUGUGCUGCUGCUCUUGUUACAUAACUGAUAAUACACAGAUCAAAUGUGAAAUUCAGCCGACUGAUCACACUCUUCCCUCUGAGACUGUGUCAGGUGAAGAUGUUGUUUGGUGGCAGAUACUCAUUCUAGAUUUGAAUCAGAUUUCUUUUUAUGAGGAACAGCUGUAAAUGUAUUAUUCUGUGUCCUCGCAGUGUGUUAUAUGUCAUUAGAUAAUAAGAUAUGGAAACAGGAAGUCUGGAUCCUGCCCAGUGGGUGCAGUAUCCUGCCACUGCUAAACAUUCUCUAUUAUACUUCAAAAUUCUGGUGUCAGUGGUUAUUUCUGACCCACAGGCUCAGUAGGUUAUGCUUAUUUUCAAUGCUACAUCCGGUUGGUCCACUGGAACGGAUUAUAGUCAAAAGCAAAUAAGCUUGUAAAGCUUGUGCCUUAUCAUCACACAAUAAAGAUUUUAACUAAGUUGUCUAAA